GGAGAGCUUUAAGACAUGGUAGUUUAUAACUCACCUUCAAAUGGUCCCUUCACUGAUGUUGUCACCACCAACCUAAAGCUUGGCAACCCAACAGACCGAAACGUGUGUUUCAAAGUGAAGACCACAGCACCACGUAGGUACUGCGUGAGGCCCAACAGUGGGAUCAUUGAUGCAGGGGCUGCGAUUAAUGUAUCUGUGAUGUUACAGCCUUUCGAUUAUGACCCCAAUGAGAAAAGUAAACACAAGUUUAUGGUUCAGUCUAUGUUUGCGCCAACUGACACUUCUGAUAUGGAAGCAGUAUGGAAGGAGGCAAAACCGGAAGACCUUAUGGAUUCAAAACUUAGAUGUGUGUUUGAAUUGCCAGCAGAAAAUGAUAAACCACAUGAUGUAGAAAUAAAUAAAAUUAUAUCCACAACUGCAUCAAAGACAGAAACAUCAACGGUGUCUAAAUCUCUGAGCUCUUCUUUGGAUGAUACUGAAGUUAAGAAGGUGAUGGAAGAAUGUAAGAGGCUGCAAGGUGAAGUCCAGAGGCUGCGGGAAGAGAACAGACAGUUCAAGGAAGAAGAUGGACUUCGGAUGAGGAAGACGGCGCAGAGCAACAGCCCCAUUCCUUCAUUGGCCACGGCAGGGAAGGAGGAGGGCCUCAGCACCCGGCUGCUCGCGCUGGUAGUCCUGUUCUUCAUCGUCGGUGUCAUCAUAGGGAAGAUCGCCUUGUAGAGGCAGCAUGUGGAGGGGGGUCGAUUGGAUUGAUGGAUCCGCCAUAUCAUGGGAUUUAAAUUUACCAUAACCAUGUAUAAAAAGAAAUUAUGUAUGAUGACAUCUCACAGGUCUUGCCUUUUAAAUUACCCCUUCCUGCGCCUGCGAGUGCACCCAUACACAAAUGUAACACAAUGUAACAAUCUUUUAGAAAGAUACAAAUGCAUAAUACAUGAUGGGGAAAAGAAUGAUCUUUGUUAAUGAUAAAGGAAGCCAUGAUUAAAUGGUAAUGGCAUGUUGUAAAUGUCAUUUUAAACAUCCGUAGCCUUGGUCCAUGUCGCUGGUUACCUCUCUGAAAACACGACUCUCUUCCUUGCCUGGGUGCCGGCCUGGGAGCCAGAGCCCAGCGUGGUGGGAAUACCAUCCCUCCACAGUUAGCCCACGCUGCUCGCUCGCUCCCAGGCUUCUUGUCCGUGUGAUGCCUGGGCCAUCAGUUCCUUGGGACUGAUGAGCAGAGUCAGCCGCCGAGGAGAAUUGUGCUGUGGCGGCAUGGGCAGGGUGCUGGACACGGGUGGGCAUGGGCACCGACUGGCCCAUACUUUGGAAGGAAAAGCCAGUGCUUUGUUCUCUUAAAGGGACCAAGCUAAAUUCCUGUUGGUUCACGUCGUGUGAUUGAACUGUAUUCGGAGAUGUUUAAUGCAUAUUUAACUUAUCUAAUGUAUUUCAUCUCAUGUUUUCUUGUCACAAGAUUAUAGUUAAUGCUGUGGCCUAAAAAUCACCUGUGCUACAUAAUGCCGCAGUUGAAGCUGGCAUAUGGCCAGAGGGCUGUGGACUCUGCAUACGCAUAUACAGACGUGUGGUUCAUUUGAAUGUUGGAGAACAGCAGCCAGGAAGUAUUUUUCUGUGUAAAAAAUUAACUAUCAGAGGGAGGAAAAUUUGUAGUAGCAACAGUAAACUUGAUUGUACCCUUUUUAAUGGAGAAGAGCAGCCGAUCUUUUAUAUUGCUCUCUCACUGCCCACCCCUCAGCCAGCACUCACACUUCCAGCACAGGAACCCCAAGCCUGGUCCUGAUCCGACCUUACAGGUCCAGCUGGGGAUCGGGCAGUGAGUUAGGCAGCAGAGGGUUAGGCGAGGGAGUCAGCCGCCGGGGCAGGGAGGGUUGCGUGAGGGGCUCUGCAGGUAGUCCAUCUAGCACGUGGUAACUGAGAGUUUGACUGUGGAAUCAUUUUAUGCCGUAAAAGACCAACCCAAUUCUGUUUGACUAUGUAGCAUCUUAAAAAGAAAAAAAGUAAAAUAAAUCCCCAAAAUCCAGA